AUGAAGUUUGCAUCUCCCCUGCUGGCUUUGGCCCUCAGCGCGCUGCACGUCGCGGCAUCGCCCACGCCCGUCGACGCCGAGCUGGCGCCCCGGGCCACGCCGACCCUCUACCUGUGCGGCGACAGCACAAUGGCCAAGAACGGGGCCAACGACGGCGACACGGACGGCUGGGGCCAGUACAUUGGCGACUACGUCACCAUCACGACGGUCAACAAUGCCAUCGGCGGCCGCUCGGCGCGCUCGUACUGGGACGAGGGCCGCUUCGCCUCGGUCGCUGCCGCCGUCACCUCGGGCGAUAUCGUCGUCAUCGAGUUUGGCCAUAAUGAUGGCGGCUCCCCCGAGUCCAGUGACAAUGGCCGCUCCGACUGCCCCGGCGCCGGGACCGAGACAUGUGUCUCGGACAGCACGGGCGCGACUGUCUACACUUUUGUCUACUAUGUCAUUCAGGCUGCCAAGUUGAUGACUGCAAAGGGCGCCACUGUCAUUCUGUCUUCGCAGACCCCCAACAACCUCUGGGAGACGGGCUCGUACGUCUACUCGGCCCCGCGCUUCGUGGGCUACCAAAAGACGGCGACGACGGCCCUCGCCAGCUCGAGCGUCACCUUUGUGGACCACUUCCAGGCCGUGGCCAACAUGUACGCCAAGCUGGGCAACAGCGCGACCAAUGCCCUGUACCCCAACGACCACACGCACACGAGCCCCACGGGCGCCGACCUGAGCGCCCAGGCUUUCGCCGAGGCCAUUGCCCAGGCCAUGAACGGCACGACUAGUCUCAAGUCGUACGUGGUCAGCGAUUACCCGACUCCGUACCGUUUGUAA